UGGCGAGGCACCUUCAAAGCCGUGGCCACGCCGAGACCCGAGAGCAUCAUCGUGGCCAGCAUCACGGCCCGCAAGCCGCUGCCCAGCGGGACGCUCAGCUGCCUGCCGUACCCUGCGGAGGACAGACAUCCUGAAAAAGUGAGUGGCCGUGUGGUCAAGGAGGCCUCCACCACCAAUGGCUGUGCCAAAGGGAAGGGGAGACGAGACCAUGCUCACCGCAGGUCACGCAGCCCCUUGUGUGAUGGGGAGCACGCGCCGCCGGCCCGCGGGAAGAAGAAGAAGAAGAAACGCACCCGCAAGAAGCGCAGGAGAUCUCCUUCCUACAGCCCCUCGCCUGUGAAGAAGAAGAAGAAGAAAAGCUCCAAGAAGCGAAAAAGAAACAGGUUAUCUUCAAAGAAGAGAAGACACAGCUCUCGUGGGCGCGCUCGGAAAUCUCACCGCCAUCGCCACCGCCACUCUCGCUCAGAGAGCUCCGACUCCCGCUCCCCCAGCUGCCGAAGCAGGCACAGAGCCAGGUCUCGGGAGGAAGGGCGUAAAACACGGCAAAGACGCUCCCGGCACCGUUCAAAGAUCACGGCAAAGCAAAGCUCCUCUGCAGAGGUUCAGGCCAGCCAAAAAGCCAGCCAAACCCUCCCGUUCUACAGCUUCCUGUCUCCGAAGGAAGUAAUCUCUCAGUCAGGGUCUUCUGCUGACCUCUUUACCAAAGCAGACAGCUCGCCUGGCAACCUAGCCAGCCACAACGGAGAGUAUCAUGAAUAUGACUCAGGAAACGAUACUUCCUCCCCUCCCUCCACUCAAACGACCUCGUCCAGGUCAAAGGACAGCCAGGAGAAAAGAAGUCUAGUCCAUGAUGGCUUUGGCCAUGCCUUCUCAUCCGGGAAGCCCAAACUGGCCAACAGCGAUAACAGCUCUGAUUCAGGAAAUUCCUUCACCACUUGCUCUUCCCAGACCAAGGGAACAGCUUUGGAAAAUCUGUCUCCAGAUGCCCAGGGACAAGACCGAAGAGGGUGCCUGUCCUUGUGCCUCAGCUGUUCGGAGGAGAAGAAGCGAAACUUCCUCCCCUCCCCAGCCCACAGCUCCUCGCUGAGGCCGUGCUCCCGCAGCGAGUCGUACACCAGCACGGGCAGAUCCUCGCCUGGCUCCAGCCGCUCCAGCCGCUCCCGCUCCUCGCACUGCAAAGCCUCUCCCAGGUAUUCCCGAAGCAGAUCCUGCUCUUCAGGAAAGAGGUCUUCUUCACGUUCCCCCAGCUAUUCCUCCAAAUCCUGCAAAAAAAGUCCUGGGAGCAGGAGUUCAAGGCCUCGUCGGAGCCCCAGUUACUCCCGCUACAGCCCGAGCAGAGACCGCGAGCGAGAGCACAAGUACGGCUCCGGUGAGAAGGAGCCGCACAGGGAGCGCGCCCGGCGGCGGCGGCGGCAGUCCUAUUCGCCCCUGAGGAAACGCCGGAGAGACUCUCCCAGCCACCUUGAAGCUCGGCGCAUCACGAGUGCCCGCAAACGCCCCAUCCCCUACUACCGUCCCAGUCCCUCCUCCAGCAGCGCCAGCAGCUAUUCCUCCUGGUACCGCAGCUUUAGCCGCUCCAGGAGCAGCCGCAGCAGGAGCAGGAGCUCUGACUCAGGAGGCAGCUCCGACAGCCUGGGUCGCUAG